AUGCUCCGUCGGGCACCACCCUCAUCUGCGCGCGCGCUGCCUCUUUCCAGCCCUGGGUCACGCAAUACCAUCACUAGAUCGGCUCGAUUUCAAUUCGUGCGCAAGUUCUCGACUUCAACGUCCAUCAUGGCCCCGCCCAAAGCUGCCCUCGACUUUGUUGACUUCGUCAACGAGUCUCCAACUCCAUACCAUGCGACCCAAGCUGCGGCGAAACGAUUUGAAAAGGCCGGCUUCAAGCUCAUCAAGGAGCGUGAUUCAUGGGCUUCGACCCUUCAGUCAGGUGGCAAGUACUACCUCACGCGCAACGGCUCAUCCAUCGUCGCCUUUGCCAUUGGCCGCAAAUGGCGGCCCGGAAACCCCGUUGCCAUUGUCGGCGCGCAUACAGAUUCUUGCUGCUUGCGGCUGAAGCCGGUCUCCAAAAAGACCAACGUUGGCUACCUGCAGGUUGGUGUGGAAGCUUACGGCGGCGGCAUCUGGCACUCGUGGUUUGAUCGUGACUUGAGCAUCGCCGGCCGAGUCCUCGUCAAGGAUGGCGACGACUUUGUUCAGAAACUCGUCAAGAUCGAGAAGCCCUUGCUACGGAUCCCCACGCUUGCCAUUCAUCUUGACCGGCAAACCAACUUUGACCCCAACAAGGAGUCGGAGCUGUUCCCCAUAAUUGGCCUUGCCGCUGCCGAGCUCAACAAGAGCGCCGACCAGGAUGCCUCUUCCGGAGCCGACGAGGACAAGGAAGACUUCAGGCCUCUGGAGAAGAUGACCGAGCGGCAUCACCCUGCGGUUCUCGACGUCAUCGCCGGAGAGCUCAAUGUCAAGGUAUCCGACAUUGCCGACUUUGAACUUGUGCUGUACGAUACCCAAAAAUCCGUGAUUGGGGGCCUUCAAGACGAGCUCAUCUUUUCACCUCGCCUGGAUAACCUGGGCAUGACGUACUGCUCGGUCGAAGGACUCAUCUCGUCGGUGCGCGACAGCUCUAGUCUGAACCAGGACCCCACCAUCCGCAUGAUUGCCUGCUUCGAUCAUGAAGAGAUUGGCUCUACUUCGGCCCAAGGCGCCAACUCGAAUCUCCUGCCUUCUGUCAUUCGCCGCUUGGCCUCGCUGCCUGGCGGGCCCGACGCCGCGAGCGACGGCAGCUACGAGACGGUGCGCCACGAGGGCGAGGAAUCCACGACCUACGAGCAGACUCUGUCACGAUCGUUUCUGGUCUCGGCCGACAUGGCCCACGCCGUCCACCCCAACUACGCCGGCAAGUACGAGUCGUCGCAUCAGCCGGCCAUGAACAAGGGCACCGUCAUCAAGAUCAACGCCAACCAGCGAUACGCCACCAACUCGCCCGGCAUCGUCCUGAUUCAAGAGUGCGCCCGUCUCGCCGGCGUUCCGCUCCAGCUGUUUGUGGUGCGCAACGACUCGCCGUGCGGCAGCACAAUCGGACCCGGCCUGGCAGCCAAGAUGGGCAUGCGAACCCUCGACCUGGGCAAUCCGCAGCUCAGCAUGCACAGCAUCCGCGAGACGGGCGGUUCAGCCGAUGUAGAGUUUGCCACCAGGUUGUUUGACAAGUUCUUUACACACUACGGCACUCUGGAGCCCAGAAUUUUGAUCGACUAG